CUAAGAAACCCUAACCCUAGGGCUUCUUCUAUAAAUAGGGGUGUUCACUUGGUCAUUUUCCACUCCCACCCCUCCAUUUUUCCCUAGCCGCCACCAGCAGCUCUUCUCUGUUUCCUGGACGUGCGCAGGGAGCUGAGCUCCUUCUCCCAUGGCGCCUCCACACUCCCAGCCGCCCUCCUCUGCCCAGCAGCCGAGCGCCCAGCUCCUCCCCUCGGCAGCCAUGGCGUCCUCCCCUUCCUCCCGCCCUCUGCUGUCCACGGCGAGCUGCAGCAGGGAGCCAAGCUCCAAGCUCCCACGGCGCUCGAGCUCCACUCCUCCCUGUUCGUCUUCAACCCAAGUCGGCGCCCUCUUGCUGGUUGUCCUCUCCGUCGCGCCCCUGCUGGCCGUGCCCCUCAUGCUGGCACACAGGCGCCCAGGCCAGCUUCCCCAUGGCGCUCGACUCCCUGUUCCAUGGUGCCCUGUGGUCGCCCCCUUCUUCCCCUUGUGGCUGCGCUCCUCUGCUCCCUCCAUGGCGCCCCCUGCUCCUUCCUCGACGCGCUGUAGGUGCUCGACAAAAUGCGCAGCUCCAUUUCUCCCAUGGUCGUGGCCUGCUUUUCCCGGCGCCCUGCGCAGCAUCUCCCUCCCCCAAGUCCCUGCGCGCGCACAACAGCGGAUCCCCGGCGCCCUUCCCUGCUCCUCCUCUCUUCCCCACAAAACAGCAGCAGCUCGCCCCACCUUCCCUCGCUGCGCAGCCCCUCGGCGAAACGCCGCUGUUCCUGCAGCCCCGACACCUUCCCUGGCUUCCUCGCUGCGCGCGUGCCACGUGUUCGGCGAUCUGUCCAAGUGGGGUGUUGAGCAGUGAGCAGCAUGCCGUCGACGCCCGCCGUGUGCUCGCUGUUUUGCGCAGCCCAUCCGCGACGCCGUCGAAAACCGUGCUAGUGGUCGACGUCGUGCCUUGCCCGUUCGACGAAAUACCGAGCCAUGUGGACAGCCAUGCGUCUAGUCACGACCCGUUCAGGUUGAUUGAAUUAUAUUUUAUAAUACAUACGCUUUGGUCGAUGUCGGACAAUGCAUGUAUAUAUGUGGAUGUGUGUAAUAUGUUUCGGCAAUACACGUUAGUAGGAUCGCAUUUGCGGUUAAAGAACAAGCGGUUGUUGAUAUGUGCGAUUCGUAGUUGUAUAAUUAUAUUUUGGUCGAUGUGGUGUACAUUGGUGUUGGAAUGUGUGUGGGUAUAAAAAUGUUUUGGUUAUAGGCCGUAGCAA